AAACAUUUUCGCGCCCUACCCGCUGUUUUAAUUAAUAUUUUCGUAUUUUCUCAUACUAAUUAUGGAUUUAAAUUCAAUAAUUCAAGAUCUCUUCUACAGUGAUAAAUAUAACACUCUAAACCCAUUGCUUGAUCGAGUAAAUACAAUAUUUGAAGCAAGUAUAAAAACUACCGACGAUGUGUCCACCGAUUUCGUCGACAAUAGUUUUUACGAGGACUUACAGAGGAUAAAUCUGCGACCAGACGUUUACAUCAACAUCGGGAAGUCUUUGCGAGACAUAAAGUGCAUCGUUUUAGACGAUUUCAACCGGCAGCACACAGUUUUCAUAACUUAUAAAGGUUAUAGAAAACUAGUGAUAAAAUCUACCACGUUACCGAAAGCGCCGUAUAUUGAGCAUGAAUUUGGGACAAUAGAUGAACUGGUAGACGUGUUCAAGGAUCACAUAGACAGGCUUAUAAAUUACUUUAUGGAAUUGGAAAGGAUAGACAGUUUUUGUUGCAUAGUGGACCCUGUGCACCCUACAUUUAAGGAUGAAUAUAGGAAAAUAUAUCUUGAAGAGCGAGUGUGGCUGCACGUGGAGGUGACGGCGGAGGGGCUCGCCUCCAACAUGCACCUCGUUGGCAACAGCGCCCGCUACACGGAGCAGCUGAAGGCCGGCCUCACCGCAUGGGACCACGACAAGGAGAUUGUGGAGAAUAUUAUGGAUAUUUUUGACAUCCAAACCUUCCCGCAGCCAGCCAACCCGGCCUUCAACCACCCCUCUACCCCCGCCCCCGACACCCCCGCAGCCCCCGCGAGCCCCCCAGAGUUGCUGUGCGGCAUCUGUCUCUGCGAGGGCGAGGCGCGCCCGCAGCCGCUGUGCGCUAAUGCGAAGUGUGGACAGUACUUCCAUGCUGGGUGUUUGUAUCAGUGGCUGGUAGCCUGUGCGGGCGGACGAGCCCCCACGCUGGGCGUGGCGGCGGGGCAGUGCCCGGGCUGCUUCCACCAGAUCUCGUGCAGCGAGCGGGACCUGUGACGUCACAGAUCCAGGACCAAGUGACAGACUGCCAGGUCCACCAGAUCUUAAUGCCCUGCUGGAAGGGCUGGAAGACAUAAUGUUCUUCCAAGGAGCCCUACAACCCUACAUGUGACUACAAUUUAUUAACUCCUGUGAAGUCUUUGUGUUAAUAGUAUUGUAAUUUAUUUGAAGAGCCCAUGUAA